AUGGUCAGUCAGGCAGCCAUGCGAGGCCAGCGUGUGGUGGAGAGCGAGUGUAGGUGCUGGAACCCAACCGUCUGGGUCCUGGUGUCUCUGCUAGGAACCCUCGUCUUGGUGGCCUUCAGUGUGUUGCUGCGACUCGGUGAUUUGAAAAUAAACAGACGGGCUGUAUCCAUCAAAGACAAGAAUGUAGUUGUGAUUGAAAACUGACGGCAAAAUGGGACCCUGACAGAUAUCUGCUUUAUCUCCAAAGUUCAACUGGUGAAUGGUCGUAACAGGUGUGAGGGCAGAGUGGAGGUGCGCUACAAUGAAUCAUGGGGCACAGUGUGUGACGACGACUGGGACAUGGUGGAUGCCAACGUGGUGUGUCAGCAGCUGGGCUGCGGAGUGGCUGUGGCGGUGGGCAGCAGCUCUAAGUUUGGACAAGGCACAGGGCCCAUCCUGCUGGAUAAUGUGGACUGCAGAGGAAGUGAAACAGACCUCAGUCAGUGCCGUAGUCUGGGCUGGGGCAUCCACAACUGUUACCACUAUGAGGAUGUGGGUGUUACCUGCAGAGUGGUAGGGGCAAAAGGUUUUGAGGACCGCACCACACCGCCCCUGGAGAACUCCGGUUUACGAGAUGGCACCAUCCGUCUGGUGAAUGGACAGAACGCCUGCCAGGGCCGGGUAGAGAUCUACUACCAGGGAAAUUGGGGGACAGUGUGUGACGACGAUUGGGUCCUCAACAAUGCCCGGGUGGUGUGCCAACAGACAGGCUGCGGUAUUGCUGUCUAUGCACACACCAACUCCUACUUUGGCUACGGAACCGGCCUGGUUCUCCUGGACAACGUCAACUGCCAAGGCACUGAACCGGACCUGACUAAAUGCAAAAGCCUAGGCUGGGGCAAACACAACUGUGGCCACCAUGAGGACGCUGGGGUCACCUGCACUGGAUCCACUACUCUAUCUCCUCCAGUAACGCAAAACCAGAGAGGGCUCUGGGCAACAUAUAACACAGAAGCAACUGCUAAAGCUCCAGUCACCAACGCACUAAGUACAACAACUGUUACCACAACGGCACAGACAAAAGCCAAACCAGCCAUUCGUGUGAUGAAUGGUAACAGUAGCUGCCAGGGCCGUGUAGAGGUCCUAUACAAAAAUGUUUGGGGCACGGUGUGUGAUGAUGACUGGGACAUGCCCAACGCCAACGUGGUGUGUAGGCAGCUUGGCUGUGGCCCGGCUAUCGCAGCUAAGGCCCAGGCCUUCUUUGGCUACGGUAGCGGCCCGAUCCUCCUGGACAAUGUGGAAUGUAGCGGCUUUGAACUGGAGCUGUCCCAGUGCUUCAACCUGGGCUGGGGUCAGCACAACUGUGGCCAUCAUGAGGAUGCUGGAGUUAUCUGUGCACCUUUUGAAAACUACAUUGCAAAUGGACGUGACUUUAGAGUAACAGAAAGGAUACCCGCCACCACCACCACCGCACCACCCUCCCAAGGAAUGCUAAGACUGGUGGGUGGCCAGCACCAAUGUGAGGGUCGGGUGGAGAUGUACUCAAAUUCUGAAUGGGGCACGGUGUGCGAUGAUGCUUGGGACCUCCCUGACGCCCAGGUUGUGUGUCGUCAACUGGGCUGUGGAGAGGCCAUGGCGGCUCGGGGGGAAGCUUUCUUCGGGCCCGGCAAGGGAACAAUCCUGCUGGACAAUCUCAAGUGCAGCGGUGUGGAGGCCUCUCUGAAGGACUGCUCCCAUAUAUCCUGGAAUGUGCACAACUGUGACCACUCUGAAGAUGCUAGUGUCACCUGCUCACUGUCGUGA